AUGUGGUCGAAAGUAACGCUAGUCGGCUUAGUAGGUGUAGUGGGGCUCGUCGCUGUUGCGAGCGCGCAGAACGAUGGACGCUAUCGUCCCACGCCCACGCUGCCUUAUUAUCAGCGCCCACGUACAACACGUCUCCGUCCUACGGUCAUUGGCGACGGACGUUAUCGUCCGAGUAAUGAUGGGCGUUAUCGGGGCGCAAGCGAUGGACGCUAUCGCGGUGGUAAUGAUGGACGGUAUGUGCACCAAGAUGUGCCCUAUGUGCAUGACGAUCGCGCCGGUGGGCAAUAUGAAGGCGACAAGAACCGGUUUGGACCUGGCGGUGGUGGCGCCGGUACGUCCGGUGCGUUCGGUGGCGCUGGGCGGUCACGUGCGGGCGGUAAUGCGCUGAGUUCGGCUGGUUCAGCUGGUAAUCGCGCGAAUUUGGCAUCGCGAACAACAACAACACGAAGACCGACACCUAAAACCACCGCUGUUACACCAGCACUACCAAAGGGCAGCGGAACGGGUGAGGGUGGUGGUGGUUGGCGCAUUCUGCAGCUUUUCGAUAAGGAGGAGAAGGACGGGUAUCAAUAUAUUUAUGAAACAGAGAAUGGCAUUUUGGCGGAGGAAAGUGGACGCAUCGAACAAUUAGCUCCGGAAAAGGAAGGUUUACGUUCGACGGGCUUUUACGAGUACACCGGCGAUGAUGGUGUGCUCUACCGUGUCGAUUAUGUGGCCGACGAUAAUGGUUUUGUGGCGCGUGGUGCACAUAUACCUACUCCACCACCAUAUGUUGCCAAACUAUUGGCAUACUUGGCUGCGAACGCCAAGAAUUAG